AUGGCUGGAAGGAUGCUCCGCUGGUCACUAGAACUUUCAGAAUUCAACAUAAGAUAUGAGGGGAGGAAGGCUCUGAAAGCGCAAGUUCUAGCAGACUUCGUGGCCGAAAUGGCUUUCCCCGAAACAUCAGCCUGUAACGCCAAAAAAUGGACUUUAUAUGUGGACGGAUACUCGAGCUCGUCUGGAAGCGGAGCAGGUAUUAUCUUGGAAAUUGGAGAAGGGACCCUGAUAGAAGUAUCGCUCUCCCUUUCCUUCCCCACCUCCAACAACCAGGCAGAAUACGAGGCACUUCUUGCAGGUUUACACCUCGCCAAUGACCUCGAAGCCGAGGAGAUCGAAGUUUUAACUGAUUCCCAGCUGGUAGCAUCCCAUAUCUCGGGUGAAUAUCAAGUCAAGAGAGACCAUCUCGCUGAAUACCUGACUCUCGUGCGUAAAAGAACGGCCAAAUUCAAGAAUGCCAUGGUAAGACAUAUUCCACGGGAACAUAACGCCCGGGCGGACGUUCUAUCAAAACUGGCCAGCACGAGGAAGAAAGGCGGCAACAAAUCCGUGAUCCAGGAAAUAUUACCCAAGCCCAGCACAAAAUCUCCGGUCGGAAUAACUCACGUAAACGCGAUCGGAGACAUGUCCUGCUGGAUGACCCUGGUAUACAACUAUUUGACGAGCGAACUCCUGUCGGACGAUCCUAAGGAAGCCGCCAUAGUCAGGAGAAGGGCUUGCUCAUACGUCCUGGUCGAAAAUCGAUUGUAUCGACGAGGAUUUUUCAUUCCCCUCCUCAAGUGCAUUGACGAAGGCACGACCCCUCACGUGCUUAGAGAAAUACACGAGGGAAUCAACUCCCAACACUUGGGAGGAAGAUCCCUCGCCAGGAAAUUAUUACGGGCAGGAUACUACCAGCCCACCAUGCAGCACGAUACCAAAGAAUAUGUGAAAAGAUGUGACAAAUGCCAGCGUUUCAGGGACAUGCACAUCACACCCCUCAACGAUCUUAGAUCCCUAUCAUCACCCUGUCCAUUUGCCUGGUGGGACAUGGAUCUCCUCGGACCAUUCGUGACCAGAACAAACCAAAACAAGUACCUCAUAGUCUCCGUCGACUAUUUAACUAAAUGGAUCGAGGCCGAACCAUCGGCUAAAAUCACGUCCUUGAACGUACUGCGUUUCUAUAAAAGAAACAUCCUUGCCCGGUUCGGAAUACCCCUGACGUAG